AUGGAAAUGUCAAAGUGUUUCUUCUCUUCUCUCGUAGGUUGUCUGCUUUUUGCAGUUCUGGUUCAAUCUCAGGAUCAAUCAGGAUUCAUAAGCAUAGAUUGUGGGAUACCUGCAAAAUUCACCUAUAAAGAGAAGACAACAGGCAUAAAUUACAUAUCAGAUGAGAAGUUCAUAAAUUCUGGUGUUAGUAACUCCAUAACCAGUGAGCUCCAAAGCAUGUAUCAACGGCAACUUUGGAACCUGAGAAGCUUUCCUCAAGGAACAAGAAACUGCUACAGAAUAAACAUCACAAGUGGCUCUAAAUAUUUGAUCAGGGCUAAUUUUCUGUACGGGAAUUAUGAUGGCCAAAAUGAGUUACCAAGUUUUGAUCUUCAUCUUGGGCCUAACGUAUGGGAAACAGUGGAAAUAACCAAUGCAUCUCUGUUACUAAGCCCUGAGAUCAUACAUGUCCCAUCACUAGAUUACAUACAAAUCUGUCUGGUUGACACAGGCUCUGGAACCCCAUUUAUCUCUGCUAUAGAAUUAAGGAAUUUGAUGAACGAUACUUAUGUUACUCAAUCUGGAUCCUUGUCACUUUACUCGAGGUUGGAUUUAGGCUCAACCAGCAAAAGAAAAUACAGAUAUAGUUAUGAUAUUUAUGGUCGCUUCUGGUCAUAUAAAGCCUACAUCCCGGACUGGACGCAAAUAAGUGCUUCAAUUUCCGCAGAUUCCUUGGUUCAAAAUCAUUACAAUCCACCAGCCAUUGUUAUGAGUAAUGCAGCCACACCAGUAAAUGAAAGUGCUCCAAUGUUAGUGUGGUGGGAGCCCAAAAAUGCAACAGACCAAUUCUAUGUUUACAUGCAUUUUGCAGAGCUUCAAGUCUUGGAAAAGAAUCAGACAAGAUCAUUCACCGUUACCCUCAAUGGCGAUCUCUUCUAUGCUGAUCUUGUGCCUCAGUACCAAGUCACAACCACUUUGUUCAGCAAGUAUGCUACCACCGGAGAAAAAAUUCAGUUUUUGCUUAAGAAGACUAAGCAUUCAACCCUCCCUCCCAUUCUCAACGCCAUUGAAAUUUAUACAGUUAAAGAAUUUUUGCAGUCAGAAACAGAACAAGAAGAUGUUGACGCAAUUACAACAAUCAAGUCUUCUUAUGGGCUGACAAGAAAUUGGCAAGGAGAUCCAUGUAGUCCCGUGGACUACAUUUGGGAAGGUCUAAAUUGCACUUAUAAUGGCCAGAAUUCCCCAAGAAUCACAGCCCUGAAUUUAUCUUCAAGUGGAUUGACAGGACAGAUAGAUCCUUCCAUCUCAAAUUUUACCAUGUUGGAGAAGUUGGAUUUAUCAAAUAAUAGCUUAAGUGGACCAGUUCCAGAUUUUCUGUCUCGGCUACAAAACUUGAAGAUCUUAAACAUUCAGAACAACAACUUCACAGGUACGGUUCCCACUGAGCUGGUUGAAAAAUCAAAGGGUUCCCUGUCACUAAGUGUUGGAGAAAAUCCAUAUCUAUGUGAAUCUCCUCCAUGCGACAAGAAGAAAAAGAGCAAUAUUAUUAUUCCCGUAGUUGUAUCAGUUGCUGGAGUUCUGCUCCUUAUGGUGGUCGCGGCAAUUAUAUUUUUUACCCUUAAAAGGAGAAAGCCAAGAGGAACAAGUCCAAUUGAGACCUCACAGCAAGUUGAAAAAGUUGAAGAACAAAAUGAUACCACUCUGCAAGUCACAAAUAGACAAUAUUCAUAUCAUGAUGUCCUCAAAAUGACCAACAACUUCAGCACAAUUCUCGGAAAAGGUGGGUUUGGAACAGUUUAUUUGGGCUACAUUGCUGAAACUCCUGUUGCAGUUAAAAUGCUCUCUCUAUGUUCAGUUCAAGGUUAUCAGCAAUUCCAAGCAGAGGUUAAACUUUUAAUGAGAGUUCAUCAUAGAAAUCUGACUUCCCUUGUUGGGUAUUGCAACGAAGAAACCAACAAGGGGCUCAUAUAUGAGUACAUGGCUAAUGGUAACCUACAAGAGUACCUUUCAGGAAAAGACAACAAAUCAAAGUUCCUGACUUGGCAAGACAGACUCCGUAUGGCACUGGAUGCAGCAUUAGGAUUGGAGUAUUUGCAUAAUGGAUGUAAGCCACCUAUAAUUCAUCGAGAUGUAAAAUCGUCAAACAUCUUGCUGAAUGAAAACUCCAGAGCAAAAAUAGCAGACUUUGGUCUAUCUAAAAUUAUUCCAACUGAUGGUGGAACUCAUGUGUCAACUGUUGUUGCUGGUACUCCUGGUUAUCUAGACCCUGAGUACUAUAUAACAAACAGAUUGACAGAGAAAAGUGAUGUUUAUAGUUUUGGAGUAGUUCUUUUUGAGAUAAUCACAAGUCUACCAGUAAUAUCUGGAAACCAUGAGAGAACUCACAUAAGUCAAUGGGUUAGCUCCAUGGUUGCUAAAGGGGACAUAAGGGCCAUUGUUGACUCAAAGUUAAGUGGGGAGUUUGAUACUAACUCUGCUUGGAGAGCUGUGGAAAUGGCAAUGACUUGUGUGUCUAGAAACCCCAACAACAGGCCAACCAUGAAUGAGGUAGUGAAUGAACUAAAGGAGUGUUUGGCUACAGAAGGAGGUAGAACCAAACACAAUGAUGUUAGUACAGGAGAUUCAGUUGAAUUAGUUUCCCUGAAUAUGACAAGUACAGAAUUCUCUCCCUUGGCUAGGUAG